AAAGAAAUCCGUUACUAGAGGCACAUAGACUAUUUACAUCGACAGAAACUCCCGACAAACAACCGAUUUGCUGUUAAUGUGAGAAAAUCAGCGGAGAUAAUAAUGGAUAACAAGUUAUCUGAGAAACCUCACCUCAAACUUUUGGCUUGAUGAGAGAAGUUUCUGUCUACAGGAGAGCUUGAUCUUCAAAGACGCGCUCCGGAGUCAGGAGGGAUAAAGCGCGGUGCUAGGAAGACUGUUUGGGAAGGUGUUACACAUUAGUAAUGGUUUAAUCAGUCUGAACUGCGGCCUCUUGUUGGAUGGGACAGGUGUAAGAUUUUCACGCCCAAAACAUGGGUCACUGAGGUGUCAAUUAAGUUUUUUUCUCUUUAUCCUAAAGAGCUUUUCGUGCACUUAUAAUAUAAGUUUCUCCUGUGGUGCCAAAUAUUCCUACAGAGACUUUAGGAAACGCAAAAAUCACGGACAGGAAUUCUCGUGUAGAGUAGGUUUUUUUUAUUUUCAUCUAUAUUAAACAACUCGAAACUGCUUUUGUAAACGAGCCCGCACACGCACAGCAGACAUGCCACUGCAGCACCGUUUGACCGGAUUUUACGCAUCUCUUGGGGAAAGAGAGAGCUGAAAAAGCGCGUGUGUGUUUAUGUGUUUGUGGUGGACACCGAUGCACUGCAUUUUCAACAGCUCAGGGGACACCACUUUGUAAACAGGGAACAAAAAGAGAAAAAUAGAGACUCUGCUUUCAUUCGAUUUUAUAAAUGGAGCUGCGUAAUUACCUGUUGUGCCUGGACUUCAUCCUCCUUCUUAAAGGAUUGUGUCAGUGUUUCAAUAUAGAUGUAAAGAAUCCGCGAAUCUUCACCGGUCCAGAGGAUGCUCUGUUUGGCUUCUCUGUUUUACAACAUGAAGCAAAGGGAGAGAAAUCGAUGCUGGUCGGUGCUCCCUGGGACGGCCCGCCCAACAACAGGAAAGGAGAUGUGUACAAAUGCGUCAUAGGAGAGGAGAAGUACUCAAACUGCAGCAAAGUGAACCUAGGUGAGAUUGCUCUCCGGAACGUUUCUAAAAACCUGAGGAAUUCUCACCUGGGAAUGACGCUCACACCAGACUCACCUGAUGGCUUCCUGGCAUGUGCCCCUCUGUGGUCUCAAGAGUGUGGUACGUCUAUGUUCAGCACUGGCAUCUGUGCCUCUGUCAGCGAUGACCUAGAACCAAGAGGGACCAUUGCUCCAACAGCGCAAAGGUGCUCCACAUACAUGGACAUCGUGAUCGUGCUGGAUGGCUCCAACAGUAUCUACCCCUGGUACGAGGUCCAGAACUUCCUCAGCAACAUCCUCAGCAAGUUCCACAUCAGCUUGGACCAGAUGCAGGUUGGUAUACUGCAGUAUGGUGAGGUAGCAGUCCACGAGUGGUCUCUGAAGGACUACCAGACCACACAGGAGGUGGUGGAGGCCGCCAAGAACAUCAGCAGACAGGAGGGACGAGAGACGCGCACUGCAUACGCCAUCCACACUGCCUGCACGGAGGCAUUCAGUGCUGAGCGUGGAGCAAGGGAUGGCGCCACCAAGGUGAUGAUUGUAGUGACGGACGGAGAGUCACAUGACGGGGAGGAGCUACAAGACGCUCUGGACGAGUGCAUAGACAGAAACAUCACAAGAUACGCCAUCGCUGUUUUGGGUCAUUACAUCCGGCGGCAGCAGGACCCAGAGACGUUCAUUAAAGAGAUCAAGUCUAUCGCCAGCGACCCUGAAGAGAAGUACUUUUUCAAUGUGACCGAUGAAGCUGCGCUCAAUGACAUUGUUGAUGCCCUGGGAGAUCGCAUCUUCACUCUGGAAGGCACUCUGGGCAACAACGAGAGCUCGUUCCACAUGGAGAUGUCUCAGAUCGGCUUCUCCACACACACACUGGAUGACGGCAUACUGUUUGGGAUGGUGGGCGCCUAUGACUGGGAUGGUGGAGUGUUGAAAGAAGGGACCAACGGACGCAUCAUGCCGCCCAGAGAGGCUUUUGAAAGCGAGUUUCCACUGGAGCUCAAAAAUCAUGCUGCUUAUUUAGGUUACACAGUAUCAUCUGUGAUAGUUGGUGACUGGAAGAGGCUGUAUGUAGCUGGAGCUCCUCGAUUCAAGCACAAAGGCAAAGUCAUCCUGUUUGAACUCAGUAACGAGGGCGAUGUCAACAUUGUACAGGCCCUCAAUGGAGAACAGAUUGGCUCUUACUAUGGCAGUGAGGUGUGUGGGAUGGAUAUUGACCAGGAUGGCAUCACUGAUGUCCUUCUGGUUGCAGCUCCAAUGUACCUCGGUUCAGGAAACAAGGAGACCGGUAGAGUCUACAUCUACACCCUCAGUGGGGAGGAGGUGUUUGUAUCUAAUGGUACUCUGAAGUCAGAGGAUAAGUCCCAGGAUGCCAGGUUUGGUUACGCACUGGCAGCCACUCCAGACCUUAACCACGACAGCUUCACUGACCUGCUGGUGGGAGCCCCGCUGGAGGAUGAGCACAAGGGGGCCAUUUAUGUCUACCAUGGAGACGGUAUUUACAUCAUCCACAAUUACAAGCAGCGUAUUUCAGGGUCAUCGAUUUCCCCCUCCCUGCAGUAUUUUGGCCGUAGUGUGAGUGCUCGGUUGGACUUGGACGGAGAUGAGCUCAUAGACUUGGCAGUGGGAGCACAGGGCAGCGCAGUACUGCUCAGCUCUCGAAGCAUUGUCCAGAUCAAUGUGAGUCUGUCCUUCCAGCCGCACUCCAUCAAUGUCAUUCAGAAGACCUGCCAGAGGGGUGGCAGAGAAUCAGCCUGUCUCAAUGCCACUGCCUGCUUCACAACCGUGUCCCGCUCCCCUGGACCACAGAGCAACAGCUUCGAUCUGUGGGUGUCGGCCAUGUUGGAUGACAGGAAGCUGUCUGCGCGGGCACUGUUUGACGACAGCUCCCACCGACAGACCCAGCUGGCAGUCCAAGUUCACACAGGACAAACUCUCUGCUACAAACUGCCCUUCCACGUCUAUGACACAGCAGAUUACAUCCGUCCAAUUAGCUUCUCGCUGCGGUUUAAGAUCAACAAUACAGAGAGUGGUCCAGUGUUGGAUGAAGGCUGGCCAACAACUGUCAAGAAAUCCAUCCAGUUCUUUAAAGACUGUGGUGAGGACGAUGUGUGUACAACAGACCUGGUGCUGCAGGCUCAUAUGGACAUCCCUGGGACGAGACAGAAGCCUUAUGUGAUUCGCAGCCCUCGUAGGCGUCUGGCGGUGGAGGUGCAGCUUCAGAACAGACUAGAAAACGCCUACAACACCAGCCUGACGCUGCACUAUUCACGCAACCUGCACUUCUCCAGCCUCAGCAUUAGGGAGGAUGUCCACUUUAAGAUUGAGUGUACAGCACUCAGUGCCAACAGCCACUCGUGUAACGUCAGCUAUCCAGUAUUUCGCUCCCAGUCAAAGGUUAACUUCAUGUUGGAGUUUGAGUUCAGCUGCACAUCUCUGCACAGUCGAGUGCAGAUGAAGCUUCAUGCUGCCAGUGACAGUGUGGAGAGAGUGGAUACUUUGGAGGACAACAGCGUUCAGCUGCAGAGUUUUGUUCAGUAUGAACCCGACUUGUUUGUUAGCAGUGACUCUAAUUUGAACCGAUACGAGGUCCACCCCACUCGGACAGUGUCGGAGUCAAUUGGACCAGAGUUCUACACACACCUCAGGCUGCAGAACCUCGGCUGUUACUCCGUGAGUAAUCUGGAGCUGAGGCUGCAUCUGCCCUCUGUGGCUGCAGGAGACAGAGUCUUCAUGACCGUCACCGAUGUCUUCUCUUACAACGCCACAGGGGUGAACUGCAGCAUGCUGAGUGAUCUGGCCCAGCUGAAGGCCAGACAGAGAGAUGUACGCUCCCUUCAUCCCGAAGACAUGAUGCAGAAUGACAUACUGAACUGCAGCAGAUCAUGGUGCACUGAGAUUGUGUGUGAUGUCCAGCAGCUUCUAAGAGGGCAGGCCGCCGUCAUUCGCAUCAGCCGCAGAGUUCAUGAUGAUUUUUUCAGAAAAGCCAAAUAUAAGUCAGUUAGGAUAAUAGGUGCCUAUCGCGUCGUAGCUAAGGAGACUAACCUCAUCACACUGGGCACAGGAACAGUCUGGAGGGAGACUGUACUGGAGGUGCUAAAGGGCAGAGCUAUUCCCAUCUCGCUGUGGAUUCUGAUUGGCAGCAUCAUUGGAGGUUUACUGCUACUGGCCCUCAUCAUUUUUAUACUAUGGAAGCUGGGAUUCUUCACACGCAAACAAAGAGGAGAGGAUGAGAACCAUGAGGACUGAGCCCAACUUUUGCUGCCAUGACAACAGUCAUUUGCCAUGACGACUACCACAGGGGCUGAGUCCCGUCUUACUAGGCACAGAGACAGUUUGGGCUCGAUACACAGACGCAACAGGGGCCUCCAGGACCAAAGAGAGCAUCGCAAGGGUCCAACAGAAAUGCACUACCCACUAUUUCCAGGGUCGGGAGCACUUAUGUAAAUAAUUUUUUUCUAAUGUUAAGGACAAAACAAAAGUGUAUUAAACCACAAUUCUUCUAUUUAAUAUACAGACAUCUUCAUGGUUUUACAUUUCAAACAAUCACUCCGUCCUAUGUUUGUCAUACAGUUUUUGUGUUUGUUCUUCGAUUAAAACGAAGUUUAAUUUA